GUUCUAGCCGCGUAGUGAAAAGGGUGAGCGUAUGGAGGGCGAGCUGGAGAGCGCGCACGUAGAACGUAGAUCCGUCAGCGCCGUUCCUCGGGGAGACGGGGAGGAGGGGAGCGGCGUGGAGGAAGAGGGGGAGUUGGCGCAUGCGCCUAAGGCUGAUGGGUUUGAAAUGGUUUCGGUGCUAGCCGGGACCCGGUUCAGGUGAAGGUCUGGUCCUCGCGGUUGGAGCGGCGGUGGCCGAGCCGUGGUUCUCAACGUGCUACCAGAUCUGCGAAAGGGCCGGGAGCGACCGUUUUGGUAGCACGGCCGACGACGAUCUCUGCUAUAGAAGAAAAACAGGAGAAGGUUUUUUUCCUCUUUCUUCAUGGCUCAGUUUGGAGGACAGAAGAAUCCGCCAUGGGCUACUCAGUUUACAGCCACUGCGGUAUCUCAGCCAGCUGCAUUGGGUGUUCAGCAGCCAUCACUCCUUGGAGCAUCUCCUACCAUUUAUACACAGCAAACUGCAUUGGCAGCAGCAGGCCUUACCACACAAACCCCAGCAAACUAUCAGUUAACCCAGACUGCAGCAUUGCAGCAACAAGCAGCAGCUGCAGCAGCUGCAUUGCAACAGCAAUAUUCACAACCUCAGCAGGCCUUGUAUAGUGUGCAACAACAGUUACAGCAACCUCAGCAGACCCUUUUAACACAGCCAGCUGUUGCACUGCCUACAAGCCUUAGCCUGUCUACUCCUCAGCCUGCAGCACAGAUAACUGUAUCAUAUCCAACACCAAGGUCCAGUCAGCAACAAACCCAGCCUCAGAAACAGCGUGUUUUUACAGGGGUGGUUACAAAGCUACAUGAUACGUUUGGAUUUGUGGAUGAAGAUGUAUUCUUUCAGCUUAGUGCUGUCAAAGGGAAAACCCCCCAAGUGGGUGACAGAGUAUUGGUUGAAGCUACAUAUAAUCCCAAUAUGCCUUUUAAAUGGAAUGCGCAAAGAAUUCAAACCCUGCCAAAUCAGAAUCAGUCCCAAACCCAGCCUUUACUGAAGACUCCUCCUGCUGUACUUCAGCCCAUCGCACCACAGACGACAUUUGGUGUUCAGGCUCAGCCCCAGCCCCAGUCACUGCUGCAGGCACAGAUUUCAGCAGCCUCUAUUACACCACUGCUGCAGACUCAGCCACAGCCUUUAUUACAACAGCCGCAGCAGAAAGCUGGUUUAUUGCAGCCUCCUGUUCGUAUAGUUUCACAGCCGCAACCAGCACGAAGGUUAGAUCCACCAUCCAGAUUUUCAGGAAGGAAUGACAGAGGAGAUCAAGUGCCUAACAGAAAAGAUGACCGAAGUCGUGAAAGGGAGAGAGAAAGACGUAGAUCCAGAGAAAGAUCUCCUCAGAGAAAGCGUUCCCGGGAGAGAUCUCCUCGAAGAGAGAGAGAACGGUCACCUCGGAGAGUUCGACGUGUUGUUCCACGUUACACGGUUCAAUUUUCAAAGUUUUCUUUAGAUUGUCCUAGUUGUGACAUGAUGGAACUAAGGCGCCGUUAUCAGAAUUUAUAUAUACCUAGUGACUUUUUUGAUGCUCAGUUUACAUGGGUGGAUGCUUUCCCUUUGUCAAGACCAUUUCAACUGGGAAAUUACUGCAAUUUCUAUGUAAUGCACAGAGAAGUAGAGUCCUUAGAAAAAAAUAUGGCCAUUCUGGAUCCACCAGAUGCUGACCACUUAUACAGUGCAAAGGUAAUGCUGAUGGCUAGCCCUAGUAUGGAAGAUUUGUAUCAUAAGUCAUGUGCUCUUGCUGAAGACCCCCAAGAACUUCGAGAUGGAUUUCAACAUCCUGCUAGACUUGUUAAGUUUUUAGUGGGCAUGAAAGGCAAGGAUGAAGCUAUGGCCAUUGGAGGCCACUGGUCUCCUUCGUUGGAUGGACCAGACCCAGAAAAAGACCCCUCUGUGUUGAUUAAGACUGCUAUUCGUUGUUGUAAGGCUCUGACAGGCAUUGAUCUAAGUGUAUGCACACAAUGGUACCGUUUUGCAGAGAUUCGCUACCAUCGCCCUGAGGAGACCCACAAGGGGCGUACAGUUCCAGCUCAUGUGGAGACAGUGGUUUUAUUUUUCCCGGAUGUUUGGCAUUGCCUUCCCACCCGCUCAGAGUGGGAAACCCUCUCCCGAGGAUACAAGCAGCAGCUGGUCGAGAAGCUUCAGGGUGAACGCAAGGAGGCUGAUGGAGAACAGGAUGAAGAAGAGAAAGAUGAUGGUGAAGCUAAAGAAAUUUCCACUCCUACCCAUUGGUCUAAACUUGAUCCAAAGACAAUGAAGGUAAAUGAUCUUCGAAAAGAAUUAGAGAGUCGAGCUCUUAGUUCCAAAGGAUUAAAAUCCCAGUUAAUAGCCCGAUUGACAAAACAGCUUAAAGUAGAAGAGCAAAAAGAAGAACAAAAGGAAUUAGAGAAAUCUGAAAAAGAAGAGGAAGAGGAGGAUGAUAGGAAAUCUGAAGAUGAUAAAGAGGAAGAAGAGAGAAAACGUCAAGAGGAAAUGGAACGCCAGCGUCGGGAAAGAAGAUACAUUUUGCCUGAUGAACCAGCCAUCAUUGUACAUCCAAAUUGGGCUGCAAAAAGUGGCAAGUUUGAUUGUAGCAUCAUGUCUUUGAGUGUACUUUUGGACUACAGAUUAGAGGAUAAUAAAGAACAUUCAUUUGAGGUCUCAUUGUUUGCAGAACUUUUCAAUGAAAUGCUUCAAAGAGAUUUUGGUGUCAGAAUAUACAAAUCAUUAUUAUCUCUUCCUGAGAAAGAGGACAAAAAAGAAAAGGAAAAGAAAAGCAAAAAAGAUGAGAGAAAAGAUAAGAAAGAAGAAAGAGACGAUGAAACUGAUGAGCCAAAACCCAAACGGAGAAAAUCAGGCGAUGAUAAAGAUAAAAAAGAAGAUAGGGAUGAAAGGAAGAAAGAAGAUAAAAGAAAAGAUGAUUCUAAAGAUGAUGAUGAAACUGAAGAAGAUAAUAAUCAAGAUGAAUAUGAUCCAAUGGAAGCAGAAGAAGCUGAGGAUGAGGAAGACGAUCGGGAUGAGGAAGAAAUAAACAAACGAGAUGACAAAAGAGAUAUCAACAAGUACUGCAAGGAGAGGCCCUCUAAAGAUAAGGAAAAAGAAAAGACUCAGAUGAUCACAAUUAACAGGGAUCUGUUAAUGGCAUUUGUUUAUUUUGAUCAAAGCCAUUGUGGUUACCUUCUUGAAAAGGAUUUGGAAGAAAUACUUUAUACUCUUGGACUACAUCUUUCUCGGGCUCAGGUAAAGAAGCUUCUUAAUAAAGUAGUACUCCGUGAAUCUUGCUUUUACCGGAAAUUAACAGAUACCUCAAAAGAUGAAGAAAACCAUGAAGAGUCUGAAGCAUUGCAGGAAGAUAUGCUAGGAAACAGGUUGUUACUUCCAACGCCAGUAGUAAAACAGGAAUCAAAAGAUGUGGAAGAAAAUGUUGGCCUUAUCGUGUACAAUGGUGCAAUGGUAGAUGUAGGAAGCCUCUUGCAAAAAUUGGAAAAGAGUGAAAAAGUAAGAGCUGAAGUAGAACAGAAGCUGCAGUUACUAGAAGAAAAAACGGAUGAAGAUGAAAAAACCAUAUUAAAUUUGGAGAACUCCAACAAAAGUCUUUCUGGUGAACUCAGAGAAGUUAAAAAGGACCUUAGUCAGUUACAAGAAAACUUAAAGAUUUCAGAAAACAUGAAUUUGCAAUUUGAAAACCAACUGAAUAAGACAAUCAGAAACUUAUCCACAGUAAUGGAUGAAAUCCACUGUGUGCUCAAGAAGGAUAAUGUGAAGAAUGAAGAUAAAGAUCAGAAAUGCAAGGAAAUUGGUACAAGUGUAUGAUAAAAUAUGUGUAGUGAUGAGGAUUGGUGUUAAAUAAUGUAAUAUAUAAAAUCAUGAUACAAGAAUGUUUGAAAGUGAUGCAUGUUUGAUUUUAGUAGUAUAAAUAUCUGUUAGUUCAAAUGAUGUAUAAAGUUUUAUGAAUGUGCGAGUCUCUGCUUUUGAAAAUUGCUUGUAAUUCCUGGCAUUCAAAUUAUUAAACACUCCUUGAGUGAAAUAAUUUUGCAUUGCAAAAUGUUUUAGGAUGAACUUUGUUAUAGUUUUAACCCCAAUAAAGUUCAUCAACUUAAUUGACAGUAGUAUUUAAUUACCAAAGGUCUUUUAUUAAAAUAUCUAGAAAAUUGUAAUUUUAUUUAUAGGAUUAUCAUUUUUAGGUUUAAAAAAAUUUUUGUCUUAAAAUUUCAGUAUAAAUCAUAAAAUAGCAUGCUGCUUAAUUUUUGCAAGUUUUUUGAACCAGACAUUUUUUUCUUGUCGUAAAAAAAAAAAAAAACCCUCUAAUUAUGAGUCUCUAAAAGCAUUCAUUAAAAAUUCAAUUCAUCCAAAAGACAAUACAUCAAAAACGAAGAAAUAGACAAUUACCGUUAUUAUUGUAUAUGUUAGGCUUUACAUAAAACUUAUAGUUCUGAUGUUAAUGUUACUAUUCAACUCAUGAAUUGUUCGAGUUUCCCAGAAUAGCACCUAUAUUACUUUUAAUUUUGAGGAGUUUUUUAAAAAUGCAGUAUAUGUCAAAUGUACAGUUUAGUACCAAGCCAGUAGAUGUCAGUAUGAUGCCUUAAGUUAAGCCUUCUUUAAUUAAAAAUAAUUUUUUUC